AUGCAUACUCAGCAGCUCCUCCCUAUUUGCGGUCUCUUACUUGCCAGUGUUGCAAUCGCAUCCAAAUUGGACCAUGACGAUGUCCCCAAUCGCUGCUGGCCUGCCUGCAGCUCUGUCGUCGGAAUUGCCAAGAGUUGUGAUGCCAAACAUGAACGGGAUUCAGCUGAGAUCCAAUGCAUUUGUGAUUGGGAUGCUGCCAAAACCGAGAUUCCGCUCUGCUCCGCUUGCAUCACCCAGUAUCAAACCGACAGGCGCAACCAUAACAUAACUCACCACGACGACGACAAUGAUGAUGACGAUGACGAUGAUAAUGACGACGAUAACGAGGCCCUUGACCUUGUCCACUCUUGCUCGCUCACUACGACUACCUACUCUGCUGCUGCCACUACUUUGAUUGGCACAUCUACCAGCACAGAAUCUACUAGCACUGCUACUUCAAGCACAGCAACCAGAACUGACUCUUCUAGCACCAGCGGAGGCAGCCAGGACUCUACUUCAUCUGUCUCUUCCGGAUCCUCUGACUCCGCCGGUGCCUCAUCAGGCUCUGCAUCCUCCCCUACUUCUACCCCUGAUGCUGCAGCUGGUAUUUUGGCUCCCGGUGCUAUAUCCAUGUUAGGUUUCAUGGGGCUGAUGGCUUUUGCUUGGCUGUGA